GAAACAUGCUCAGUGGAUAUCGAUGACUGCGUUGGCGAUGUGUGUAAGAAUGGCGGUCGUUGUGUGGAUCGAGUAAAUGGAUAUGAGUGCGAUUGCGAAGGUACUGGAUACCACGGGCAGCAGUGCACUGAAGAUGUGGAUGAAUGUGCCCAAGGCCUUUGCAUUAAUGGCGACUGCAGCAAUCUUAUUGGCUCGUACAAUUGCAGCUGCGAAACGGGUUUGUUCUACUUCUUCGGGACUUCCGGCCUAAACCAGUGUUCCGUAUCCUCAGGGUAA